UUAAUCCUAGGCAUCAUCGCCCUCGUCCUCCCACCCAUCCCCGUCAUCAUCCGACGAGGCUGCAGCGGCCACGUCCUCCUCAACAUUUUCCUCUGCAUCCUCGGCUGGAUCCCCGGCGUCGUACACGCAUGGUACAUUAUCCUCGAAACCCCUUCUUUACGGCAACGCAGCCGACGGCGACAGCGAAGACGACGCAACAGCAGCAGCAAUGCGAUUGUGCGCGAGGAAAUUUAUAUCCCGCCUCGACAAGGCUAUGUGAGAUCCAGUCGCAGUCGGAGUCGCUCCCGCACGAGAAGUCGGAGUAGUGUGGGGAGAAUUGCUGCGGCACCUGCGCCUGUUGUGGAUGUUUAUGGAGGUUCGAGAGUGCCGUACUAUAGGGAGGAGGUUUAUGCUUAUGAUGGGAGGGGAGGAUAUGCGCCGCCGCCGAGGGUGAAGUAUUGAAUGAGACUUGAGAGUGUUGUUGAUGACGGAUGGAAUGCAUGCAUGGAUCGGAAGGUUGUGAGUGGGGCUUGGCACUACUGAAGCGGGCUACUACUGAAGAGAGGAACAUGGGUGGGAUAUGAGAUCAGCUCUAGUCUCUACCGAGAUCGAGAUUAAGGAGUUCAGAGGGCGGGCAGAGAACGAUGAUGAUCUGCGAGGGAUGAUUGGGUACCUACUGUAAGAUAUGACGAGAGCAAUUAUCA